CGCAGAGGAAACACGAUGUCCAAGGAUACCAAAAGUGGACCAAGUUUUUCGCCGACCCAAUUUCAGGCCGCGUUGUGUGCGUGGUGUUGGAUAUCUGCUAUCUGCAUAUCCAUAGGCGAUGCAUCGAGCACUCAAGAACCGCGAAUGGUGAUCGUGCGGGAAUCGGCAGAGUUAUUCAGGAACUCGUACGAUCCUCGAAUUCUUGACGGAUCUCUUAAAAACGAAUCCACAAUUUUACUCAAAAAGGGAAAUGACUCGAACCUUUCGGCAACGAAAAAGAUCAGCUUGAUAAGGUACUACAUGAGCCCAAAAAUCCCCAAUGAACCGAUCGCCGUGGUGAUCGACACCGCGGACAGAUUCUACGAGAACGUGAAACGCCUGUGGAGGAUCGUAAUGGCCGGCAAUAAAGUCCAAGAAAAUUUACUGCUCUUCGCUUACAACGACACGGACUGCAAACUAGUGAGAACACUGUAUGAUCGCAAUGGGGAUGCUGCUGAAGCCUUGACCAGGAUUCCGCUGAGCGCACCGGGGUCCGAAGGUGCGGAAAGGAUGCUAGAGUGCGUGAAUUUCGCCUUGAAGAUGGUUCAGCCAGACAGCUCGAUUCUCCUUUUUACUGGAAGAAAGCUCGGCAACGCGACGUUUCUAGAGAGUACGGUAACUGGAAUGAUGAGCAAACGAUGCGAGUUCAACGGUAUCUGGUGCGCCGACAAGCCAGGAAGAAUCGAAGAAAUCAACGACUAUGAGGCAAUUGCACACAGAACAAAUGGCCACUUUCUUCAAUUCACGAAAUUCGACCUUGACCAACUGGUAACAGGGCUUGGAACCGAACCUUACCCUAAGAAUAGACCUCAGGGUUCCACAGAGUCGAACGAUCUUGACCUCGACAUUAACGGGGCUAUUUUACCACCGGAGAUAACCACGGGAUCCACGGCCACAAGCCCGUGGACAUCUGUCCUUCGAGCAGCAACGAUAAUUAACGAAAAGGAAGCUGGUGACGAAAGCGCGGAUCUGCUCUACGACCCGAGAAUUAAUGGUACAAAGACUCGAGUUUAUUCGGCAAGGAUGGCGACGGCUGAGGACAAGGCUGAGCCAAGGGAGGCUCUGGAGCUCGAGGACAUGAGAGUGGCCUCGUUGACGGCAAUCGAACAGGCUACUCGCCUGGAAACGACUGCCGUCGAAAUUACUGCUGAAACGAGUUUGGUAGGACGACCAGGCAGCGUGUCCAGGCUGAUAUUUCGCGUCACCAACAACUACCCCCUUACCAUCAGGCACUACUUCCAGGCGAAAAGCACCUCCCUGAACGUCGUCUACCUCCAGCCGAGAAAUUCCUGGAUCGAGUCGGGACAGUCUAUGAGCGUCGUAGCUGACGUUCUCGUUCCGUCGUCGUCGACGGAUUCGACAACUGGAACCGUGAGCCUGGUGGUCCAGGGGAUCGAUACCGUCGAGAAAUCGACUUACCUCUACGUCCGCCAAACAGGCUCUACGAUUUCGGAUACCAACAAACCCACGAUAACGCACUCCUUCAACAACAACUGCGCCGGAAAGCUAGAAAGCGGUACCUGCGCCAACAGUCUUUGGAGCGUCGACGUCACCAUCCAGGAUAGCGACUCAGGUCUGCAGCGGAUAACGUCGUCACCAAAAGGAAUUCGGGCGACAACGAGCUUCGUCAGUGGGACAAAGUCGUCAACCAGGUUUCAAUACGCUGCAACCUGCUGUCAGACAAGCGUGGUCGUCACGGCUUAUGAUCUCUUGGGCAAUUCGAAUUCUCGGACGAUCGACGUCACCGCAUGGGACAACCUGUCCGAAAGCCAGAUCGCCGCUAUUGUACUUGGUGCGUUUUUACUACUGCUUAUCAUCGUCGCCAUCGUGCUAGUCAUUAUCUGCUGCAUCCGAAGACGCAAGAAGAGUCAGGAUCUACCAUAUACACAGCGAUACGGAUCGAGACCACCUGCGCGUGCCGAAAGAACUAGUUUCUAGGAACCUUCUAUUACGAUUAGAUAGAUAUCAUCCAAUGUCGGUGUGCCAGCAUCUUUAACGCUGGAUAUUUGCCCUAUGUUUAGUACGAGAGAAGUGUAAAGAGGAGCCAAUAAAAGGCAAAAUGAACGAUCUGUAAGCGCGUUCAAAUAUUGGGUGUGGAUCUAGCAUAAGUAUACUCUGACGUAUUAGUUUGCGGUAUUGUACACUUAAUUUAUUCUGUCCAAAAUAAUAAAAUGUCAUGACAGAGAGA